AAACCCAUUAAGAAAUGUAAAACCUCACCUCUCUCACUCUCUCUUUUUCUCCAUUUCUCCCUCUCUUUUAAUUUCCCUCCAAAAUCGCUAGGGUUUCAUUUUACUUCACCCCCAAUUCCCCAAAUCUCGCUCCUCUACUCCUCGAUCCAACCCCACCGAAACCCUAAUUCCCCUCUUCUCAUCCUCCUCCUCGUCGUCCUCCUUCUCCUCCCAAUUCCCAACCAUGGAGGUCGCGGUGGCCUCGGAGACCUCCGUUCGCCGUCGCCCCGGUCGCCCCAGGAAGAGUAGGGUUUUGGAGUCGGCCGAUGGCGGGCCGAGCAAAUCGACCGACGCGGGGAGCCCCGGCGGCGCGGAGCAGGGGUCGGACGACGAGUCGUUCGACGAGCUCGCCCCGAGGGCGAAGAGGAAGCGCGGGGCCGCCGCACGGGCCGCCGGGUGGAAGGACGACCAGAGAUUGAUUGAUGUUGUAAAGUUCAAUGGGAAGGUUAUUGACCAUGCGGUAAAACGAUGGGUGGAGCGGUACGAGGCAGAUUCCAAAUCAGCUAUGGUUGAUCUUCUAAUGAUGCUUUUUGAGGCCUGCGGUGCCAAAUAUCAACUUGAUGCGGAAUCUCUUGAUGAGACAGAUGUAGAUGAUGUAGUGGUCGCUCUUGUACAGCUAGCAAGAAAUGGUGAGGUAGAAGACUAUUACGGUGCAAAGCAGAAAGAGCUAAAAAACUUCAAGGAAAAUCUCGCAUCAUUCUGGAACUCUCUGGUACUUGAGUGUCAAAAUGGCCCAUUAUUUGAUAAAGUCUUGUUUGAGAAAUGUGCGGAUUAUGUCAUAGCUUUGUCAUGUACUCCUCCAAGGGUCUAUCGUCUAGUUGCAUCACUGGUGGGUCUCCAGCUUGUCACAUCUUUUAUUGCUGUUGCUAAAAUACUUAGUGCACAACGUGAAACUACUCAAAGGCAGUUGAAUGCUGAAAAAAAGAAAAAGAAUGAUGGACCUCGUGUGGAGUCUCUCAGCAAAAGGCUGUCACAGACUCAUGAAAAGAUAACUGCUAUGGAGGAGUUAAUGCGGAAGAUAUUUACAGGGUUAUUUAUGCACAGGUAUCGUGAUGUUGAUGCAGAAAUUAGGAUGUCGUGUAUCAGAUCACUUGGUACCUGGAUUGCCUCUUAUCCAGCACUUUUUUUGCAAGAUUUGUAUUUAAAGUAUCUUGGCUGGACUCUGAAUGACAAGAGUUCUGCUGUGAGAAAAGCCUCUGUUCUUGCUUUACAAAACCUUUAUGAGGUGGAUGAAAAUGUACCAUCUCUUGGCCUUUUUACUGAGAGAUUUUGCAACAGAAUGAUUGAGCUUGCUGAUGACGUUGAUAUAUCAGUGGCUGUAUCAGCAAUAGGACUGUUGAAACAACUGCUAAGACAUCAGCUUUUGACAGAUGAUGAAUUGGGGCCAUUGUAUGAUCUGCUUAUCGAUGAACCUCCUAUGAUUAGGCGUGCGAUUGGAGAGUUGGUAUAUGACCACUUGAUCGCGCAGAAUGUUAAAAACUCUGAAUCAGGAUCGUCUGGUGGAGAUGGUGAAUCCUCGGAGGUUCAUCUUGGACGACUGUUGCAAAUCCUGAGAGAGUUUCCUGAUGAUCCAAUCCUGGGUGCAUAUGUGAUUGAUGAUAUUUGGGAUGACAUGAAGGCCUUGAAAGAUUGGAAAUGUAUAAUCUCUAUGCUCCUUGACGAGAAUCCUAUGAUUGAACUCACUGAUGUGGAUGCAACCAAUCUGGUUCGGUUGUUUCAUGCCUCCACCAAAAAGGCUGUGGGAGAAAGGAUUGUUCCUGCUACUGACAAUCGAAAGCAAUAUUAUACUAAAGCUCAAAAGGAAGCACUGGAAAAUAGUAAGCGAGAAAUAACAGCUGCCCUUAUGAAGAGCUACCCACAACUUUUACGCAAAUAUAUAGCUGACAAAGUGAAGAUAUCUCCUUUAGUCGAGAUAGUUUUACUUUUAAAACUUGAGAUGUACUCUUUGAAGAGGCAGGAGCAGAAUUUUAAGGUCAUUCUUCAACUCAUUGCUGAUGCCUUCUUCAAACAUGGAGAGAAGGAUGCAUUGAGGUCUUGCAUCAAGUCUAUCACCUUUUGUUCUACUGAGAGUCAAGCGGAUCUUCAAGAUUAUUCACAGACUAAGCUAAAGGAUCUGGAAAAUGAGCUGAUAGCAAAGCUAAAAUCUGCCAUUAAAGAUGUAGUGGCAGGUGAUGAUGAAUACUCUCUUCUUGUUAAUUUGAAGAGGCUUUAUGAGUUGCAGCUGAUAAAAUCAGUUCCCGGUGAUGGCUUAUUUGAAGAUAUGCUUAACAUUCUCAGGGAUCUAAAAGAUCUUGAUAAUGAGGUAAAGAGCUUUCUUUUUCUCAACAUGUACCUGCAUGUGGCCUGGUGUCUGCAGUCGAUUGAUAGUGAAAAUCCCGCUGAAACAUCUAUUCGUGAGUUAUCAUCCAAACAAAGUGUGCUGUUUGAGCAAUUAUAUCACUUCCUUGAUACCCUGCCUAAAGUUUCAAGUGAAGGAAGAAAUAGGAGCGUACUUUCCUACAGAGUCUGCAUCAUAAUUGCUGAAAUGUGGUGCUUAUUCAGAAAAUCGAAGUAUUCUUCUACGAAACUGGAAAGUUUAGGAUACUCCCCAGAUAUAUCUGUUCUCGAGAAAUUUUGGAAGCUUUGUGAACAACUGCUCAAUGUGUCAGAUGACACUGAAGAUGAAGAUGCAAAUGAAGAAUACAUUGAAGACGCUAAUCGAGAUGCAGUUAUGAUUGCUGCUGCAAAGUUAAUAGCUACUGAUACUGUUUCUAAGGAUUAUCUUGCUCCAGAGAUUAUUUCGCAUUUUGGUAUUCAUGGGGCCAGCACUUCAGAGAUAAUCAAACAUUUAAUUACAGCUUUAAAGAAAGAUGCACUUCAUGAACUGCCUACUAUUUUUCUGGAGGCGCUAAAACGGGCAUAUCAGCGGCACUUGGUUGAUGCUUCCAAGGGCAAUAAUGAUAACUCGAUAAGCAAGUCCUAUUCAGAUUGCAAGGACUUGGCUACUCGGCUUUCUGGAACGUUCAUAGGUGCUGCUCGAAAUAAGCACAAGUCAGAGAUCCUAAAAAUCGUCCGUGCUGGUGUCUCAUUUGCCUUUACAGAUGCGCCGAAGCAUUUGUACUUUCUGGAGGCAGCUGUUUUACCAUUUGUAUCCAAACUUCCAACCUCGGAUAUCUUAGACAUUUUGAAGGAUGUUGAGAAGAGAGCAGAGAAUGUUAACACUGAUGAAGAUCCUAGUGGCUGGCGUCCCUAUUACACAUUUGUUGAACACUUGCAUGAGAAAUAUGCUAAGAAUGAUGGAUUGCAAGAUGAAAAGGAGGGGAAUCCUGUCAGGCGUAGAGGCCGUCCCCGAAAAGCAAGCAAUCUACAGGGGAAGAAGCUUUUUGACCGGCAUGAUUCCAGUGAAGAAGAAGAUUCUAUUAGCGGAUCGGAACAAAAUGCCGAAGAGGAAGAAGAAGACGAUGAAGAUGAGGGACAGCCCUUGAUACACACUUUCAGGUCUUCAAUGUCCAAGCUGAGAUCCAUGAAACUUCCUCAGGAGGAAAGGAACAAAGGAAGGAAUGCCUGAUCAAAGAUACUGCAUUUGCGGCGCACGAGAAUUACAAUGUUGUCGUUCAUAGUGCAGCCGCACUAUGGUUUUUGCACCCUACAUCUGUGUCGCGAGUUUUACGCUGUAUUUUGGGUCUCAUGGUGUUGUAUAUUUCCACUAUUUGGGUUCUCUAUUCGCUCUUAUGUAUGUAUAUAUAUUACUAUGGUUGGUAGACUUAGUUCUCGUCUGUAUUAAAUCUGCGAGUUUCAGCGCAACACAUAAGAAGCUUAGAAAAGCUAUUUUUGCAGGAA